ACUUUUGACUUAAAACGUAGAAGAAGAAAGCUUUCUUACCUUUUCUUCCGGUGACGUAACUUCCUUUCCGCUCGUGCUAACCUAGAAGUGAACACGCGUUCGCCUUUGUAGCUCAAGAUGCGUUACGUUGCUGCUUACCUGCUUGCUGCCCUUGGGGGCAAUGAAAACCCUGAGUCCAAGGACAUCAAGAAGAUCCUGGAGAGCGUUGGUAUCGAGGCUGAUGACACACGCCUGGAAAAGGUCGUCUCUGAGCUUAAGGGCAAGAAUGUGGAGGAGGUGAUCGCCACAGGUUACGGUAAGCUGGCCAGCGUGCCGGCAGGCGGUGCUGUCGCUGUUGCCAGUUCUGCAGCUUCAGGCGCAGGUGGAGCCGCCGCCCCUGCUGCAGCUGAGGAGAAGAAGGAAGAGAAGAAGGAAGAGUCUGAGGAGUCCGAUGACGACAUGGGAUUCGGCCUGUUCGACUAAACUUUUUCAAAUGAAUAAAUUUCUAUA